AUGGGAGGCUCAUUUUCUCGGCUGUGGUCCCUGCUGUGGGCAAAAAAGGAGAUUCGGAUUUUGAUUUUAGGUCUUAUUGGCGAGGUGGUCACAACAAUCCCCACCAUCGGCUUCAACGUCGAGUCCGUUACUUACAAGAACCUCAAUCUGAAUGUCUGGGACCUGGGCGGCCAAACCUCCAUCCGUCCAUACUGGCGAUGCUACUACGCCAACACAGCCGCCGUCGUCUUCGUGAUAGAUUCGACGGAUAUCGAGCGAUUAGGCAUUGCCGCUGACGAACUGGCGGCCAUGCUGAACGAGGAAGAACUGCGGGACGCGGCGCUUUUGGUAUUUGCCAACAAACAAGACCAGCCGGGCGCGAAGGGCGCUGGAGAGAUUUCCGAAGCGCUGAAGCUCGGCGAGCUGCGUGACCGGAACUGGAGCAUCGUUGCGUGCUCGGCUAUUGAUGGCAAGGGGAUCAACGAGGGCAUGGAUUGGUUGGUGCAAACAAUCCAGUCGGAGAAUGCAUGA